CGACCAAUGAGAAUUCGAGGGGUUGGGCUCUGAGCGUGUUCCGUGUGCAGUCACGUGAUCAGACAGGAAGCGGUGGUGGCACGGCGGAGGGAAGGCAAUGGAUUGUCCAACUCGAAGAAAAGGAAAGCCUAACAAAGGAGGUGGCAAAGGAAAUCGCAGCAGUGGAAGAGGUGGCGGGCGAGGAGGUGGACGAGGAGGCAGAAGAGGUGGUGGCAGACAAGAAGGUCCGAGAUAUGAACCUGGAGGAGGAGGAGGCGGCGGUGGCGUCGGCAGUGGCGGCGCCGGCAAAAAAAGCUCUAGUAGAGCCUGGGAUGAUGGAGACGAUAUUUGUUUCUCAAGCAAACCAGUGAUAAAAAGCCAGGUCCAGAGGCACAGCUCUCGAGCCCGUGGUAGCGCAACAGUCACCACUUCUCUACAGACUCUUCACAUGACCACUGAGAACCAAGCACGGGUAAAAGCUCUACUACGGGAUCUUCAAGCUCCAGAUCUUGAUGCUGCUAUUGACGAUGAAGGAUCUGAUUUGGAAGAGUCUGACUACAACAGCUCCCAGGAGGAGGAAAAUGAGCAUAACGAUAACUCUGAUGAAGACCUAGAAUUAAAUUUCUGGUCCCCCCCAAUAGCAAAAGAUCAGACGGAAGGAAAACCAUCCCUUGAACCGCAGGUGAAAAUGUUACCAGAGGCAGUCAUAUCUCCUUUUGCUCUUGGUAAAUUAUCACGGUAUGGCUUUGAUCGAGAGAGAUGUAUGAUUGCUCUCAGGACUCAUGACGGAGAAGUUGGUACAUCUCUAGAAUUUUUGCUGCAACAGUGCUUUUCAGAAGCUUUUGGUGUCCAGAACAUGGUUAUGCAAUCUGCCAGUGAUAUUAAAAUGGAGGACAUCUUGGCAUUACGUCAAGAAGAGGCAUUUGUCCUAAGCUCAAUCUGUGGGGAUAAAUUUAUUGAGCGACUACCAAAUAAAGUAUGGACAGUUGGACUGGAACUAGACAACCUGACAGUCAAGCUUCAAAAGUCAACAAAGAAGGACAAUGGCAAAGAAUUGGUGAUGUCACAGCCUAGAAAUAUCUGCAGGUUUUUCAUGACAGGUAAAACAUGCAGAUUUGGGUCAAAGUGCAGAUUUAAUCAUGAAGUACCAAAACAGACCUUGAAGGAUACAUCUCAUCUAAGUGCCAAUGCAGAUGGCAAUUACCUGUAUGAACUUGAAAUUCGUUUCCUAAAGGAUAGCAAGUACCCCUAUGAAGCACCACUGGUAGCAAUUCACUCACUCAAUGAGGACCUCACCAUGGCCUGUCGUCUGCAUAUAGCUGAAUAUCUUUAUGAAAAGGCAUUAAGACUGGCUCAGACUGGCGAACCAGCUGUCUACUCUUUGGUUACUUGCUUAGAAGAUGAACAUGACAUUGUAAAAUUGCUUGCGAACACACAUCACAGAUUCAGCAUCCCUCCACCUUUUGUACAACCAGCGACUUCUGAAAGCAAGAAGCCACAUAUCAUUAUUAAUAAACCUCUCUCUUUUGAAAAAUCAAGCCAUACACCAGAAGGUGGGAAAGAACGGGCAAUAGUAAGAGAAGAGGUUAAUAAAAUUACCCAAACUGAGGAGGAUGAACUAGAUGAUCUGGAGUCAGAGGCCGUGGUAAUUGAAAAUGAAAGCUACGUUAACAUGAAGAAGAAACAAGCAAAGAAAUACAGCUGGAACCCUAAAUCAUUUCCAGCUGAAAAUGCCAAAAUCUGCAAGCACAUCCGUGUCAAGCAGGCAUCCAGGACUUAUCAGGCUAUGCUUCAAGAAAGGAUGAAGCUGCCAGCGUGGCAGCAACAAGACACUAUUCUGCGGCUAAUGGAGAAAUAUCAAGUCUUGGUUAUAUGUGGCAUGACUGGAUGUGGUAAAACCACACAGAUUCCACAGUUCAUCUUGGAUGCUUCAUUAAAAGGAUCUUCCAGUUGUCUGGCAAAUAUUGUAUGUACACAGCCACGCAGGAUAUCUGCCAUCACUGUGGCCGAACGUGUAGCCCAGGAGAGAGCGGAGAGAGUCGGGAUCUCUGUGGGAUAUCAGAUUAGACUUGAAAGUGUCAAGUCUCUAGGCACCAGACUUCUGUACUGUACAACUGGUGUUCUUCUGAGGCGUCUAGAAGGUGACUGUACUUUGCAAGGUGCCACUCAUAUAAUUGUGGAUGAAGUUCAUGAAAGAACUGAGGAAAGUGACUUCUUGUUGUUGGUGUUGAAAAAUGUUAUGAGCAAGAGACCUGACCUGAAGAUCUUGCUUAUGAGUGCCACUUUGAAUGCUGAGCUAUUUUCACAAUACUUCAACGGGUGUCCCAUUGUUCACAUACCAGGUCAUACUUUUCCUGUUGAACGUUUUUUUCUGGAAGAUGCAAUUGCUAAAACAAGGUAUGUUCUGGACGAUAGAAGCCCAUACCAUCGCUCCUCCAGGCAGUCAUCGAUAAGGGAUACCUCCAAGCAGAAGAAAGGGAGGAGCUACGAAGAGAUUAUGGGAGAAUUGGAAUAUGAAAUUAAUGAUACGCUAAAGAUACAGGAAUCAAGGGCUGUAAAGGAUAAUGUGCCAGACCAACAACUGAGCUUCAAUGAGCUAUCUGCCCGUUACAAUGGUGUCAGCAAAUCUGUUAUUAAAACACUUUCUACCAUGGAUUUGGAUAAAAUUAAUCUGGAGUUGAUUGAAGCUUUGCUGGAAUGGAUAGUUAAUGGAGACCACUCCUACCCAUCAGGUGCUGUUUUAGUAUUUUUGCCUGGUCUGGCAGAAAUCAAAAUGUUGUAUGAACAACUACAAUCGAAUGCCUUGUUUAGCAAUCGACGCAGCAAGCGAUGUGUGAUCUACCCAUUACAUUCAUCUUUAUCAAAUGAAGAGCAGCAGUCUGUAUUUGUUAAACCACCACCAGGGGUUACAAAGAUAAUAAUUUCCACCAAUAUUGCAGAAACCUCUAUCACGAUUGAUGAUAUUGUGUAUGUGAUUGACUCAGGCAAAAUGAGGGAGAAGAGAUAUGAUCCAUCAAAAAGUAUGGAGAGCCUUGAGGAAACAUGGGUAUCUAAAGCGAAUGCCAUUCAGAGAAAAGGAAGAGCUGGGCGCGUGGCCUCAGGUGUAUGCUUUCACCUGUUCACAAGCCAUCACCAUCACCAUCAGCUUCUAGAUCAGCAGCCGCCAGAGAUCCAUCGUAUUCCACUGGAGCAGCUAUGUUUAAGAAUAAAGAUUUUGGACAUGUUUUCUGAGUCCCGACUAGAUUCUGUUUUGUUUCGGUUAAUUGAACCACCAAGUGUGGAAUCGGUUCAGACUUCCAAGCUACGGCUUCAAGAUCUUGGGGCACUUACUAAGCAGGAAACGCUCACGCCACUAGGUUAUCAUUUGGCUUCCCUGCCAGUAGAUGUGAGAAUUGGUAAACUGAUGUUGUUUGGUGCCAUUUUUUGCUGUCUGGACUCUGCUCUCACUAUUGCUGCCAGCCUGGCAUUUAAGUCUCCCUUUGUGUGUCCCUGGGAUAAAAAGGAGGAGGCCAACCAAAAAAAGAAAGAAUUUGCUGUAGCAAGCAGUGAUCAUUUGGCUCUUCUUCAAGCAUAUAAGGGCUGGAGUAAUGUCAUGAAGGAACACCCACGUGCCGGUUUCCAGUAUUGCCGUGAAAAUUUUCUGUCAUCGAGGGUGAUGCAGGAAAUAGCUAGUCUGAAGAGACAGUUCACAGAGCUGCUGUCAGAUAUUGGCUUUGUGCGGGAAGGUCUUCGAGCUAGAGACAUUGAGAAGAGGUGGGCCCAGAAAGGAGAUGGAGUCAUAGAAGCUACCGGGCAAGAGGCAAACACAAAUGCAGACAAUAUAAAGCUGAUGUCAGCAAUGUUAUGUGCGGCAUUGUAUCCCAAUGUUGUCCAGGUGAGAGCACCAGAAGGAAAAUUUCAAAUGACAAGAUCAGGAACUAUGAAAAUGCCUUCAAAAGCCGAAGAGAUGAAAUUUGUGACAAAGAAUGAUGGUUAUGUUCACAUUCACCCCUCCUCUAUAAACUACCAGGUGCGGAAUUUUGAUAGUCCAUACUUGGUGUAUCAUGAAAAGAUUAAGACCAGCCGUGUGUUUGUGCGAGACUGCAGCAUGGUGUCGGUGUACCCCCUAAUUUUGUUUGGUGGUGGCCAAGUAAAUGUUGAGCUACGCAAAGGGGAGUUCCUAAUUUCCAUGGAUGAUGGGUGGAUUCGCUUUGUAGCAGCCUCACAUCAGAUUGCAGAACUAGUGAAAGAACUUCGCAGUGAACUAGACCAGCUUUUACAUGAUAAAAUUAAGAAUCCUACCAUGGACCUGCAUACCUGCCCACGUGGCUCCCGAAUUAUUGCCAUGAUCGUCAAACUGGUGACGACACAGUGAUCCUGAGAUAAUAUUGAAAGAUGGUAUUGUCCUUUUACUUCUGCAGUUGGACUGAAACGGCUAAAAUUGUUUAUUGUAUGUGAAAACAUAAAACCGUGGUAUGAUAUGUAACAAGCUGAAGGAUCAUUUGACUUUUAGUAAAAACUAUUUAUAAGGCCAACUCAAUCAUGAAUAUCAAACUAUUGUUAAAGUAUUGAUAAUUUUUACUUCUGGAUAAACAUUUAGUUCAUACAGAAUAUGAUCGGUUGUUGUCUCUAAGAUGCCCACACACUAGAAGGUAACAGGAAAUGAUGUAGCUGUUUUCUAACUAAUCUGCCUAUAAUCAUGGUUUAUAAUUAAAGCUACUCCCCUGAGAGAAUUAUGUAGGCUGCCUCUUUUUCUUAAAAUGACAGCUGUCUUACUGUCGUGCUAUUGCUUUGGCUUCACUGACCUAGAGCAAGUAUAGGGUUAUGACUCUACAUAAAUUGAUGUAAAUUAAAACCACCGAUGGACAAGCACCACUUAGAUUUCUCUCAUGAUAGAUGUAAUUUCAAUUUACCAAGGGUCAAAUAUUGGUCAUUUAGAAAAUGUAGGAUUUAGAAAAUGCGGUUAUUUGAUGAAUUGUCAGUAUGAGGUCAGUCAUCAUAAUAAAAUUUGUAUACUUUUGGGUACAGAAUAGCUUGGACCUAAAAGCUUUGGCCAUAAGCAGAUAGACACAAUAAAUUACUGCUGCUGAUUGUACAAAGAACCUGCAAGGAUAAGGCAAUUUUCCAUAAAAAUUCUCUAAAGCCAGCCAUAGACGGUUUAGCAAGGACUGGCAGAGAUUGGAUCCAUCUAUGGGCAGGCUGAUUGUACCCACAUCGAUUGACUUGGGUACAACCAGCAUGUUGGAGUUUCAGCAUGCGAUUAUUGCCAGCGGCUUUCCUGCCCAACCCCCACUCCAUGAGCAGCUCCAGCUUCUGACGCACUCACUUUGCAGGAAUGGCUAGUGUUGACCUAAAUUACUGCGAUAGAAGAUCAAAUAGCUCAUGGCUGUUCUGCCGAGACAAUAAAACAAUGUGACAAAAAAAAAAAAAAA